UGGCUGCAUGGGUUUUCAUAGAACUCCUCGCCCGGAGCCAGUCUGCAGCCAACAUGUCCAGCAGAAACAACAACGAGCUGCCCAACAACCUGCCGCAGUUGCAGAAUCUUAUCAAGCGGGACCCACUGGCCUACAUCGAAGAGUUUCUACAGCAGUAUAAUCACUACAAAUCCAAUGUGGAGAUUUUCAAAUUACAACCAAAUAAGCCCAGCAAAGAUCUAGCAGAGUUGGUGAUGUUUAUGGCACAGAUUGGUCACUGCUAAUAUCUAAGUAAAUUUCCAGAAUAUCUAAGUAAAUUUCCUCAAGAGCUGAAAGAUCUUCUCUCCUAUAAUCACACUAUCCUGGAUCCAGAUCUUCGAAUGACAUUUUGCAAAGCUUUGAUCUUGCUGAGAAAUAAGAAUCUCAUCAAUCCAUCAAGUUUACUAGAGUUCUUCUUUGAACUUCUUCGUUGCCAUGAUAAGCUUCUGCAAAAGACUUUAUAUACACAUAUUGUGACUGAUAUCCAGAACAUAAAUGCAAAACACAAGAACAAUAAAGUGAAUAUAGUGUUGCAGAAUUUCAUGUAUACCAUGUUAAGAAACAGCAAUGCAACUGCUGCCAAGAUGUCUUUGGAUGUGAUGGUUGAACUCUAUUGGAGGAACAUCUGGAAUGAUGCCAAAACCGUGAAUGUUAUCACAACUGCAUGCUUCUGUAAGGUCACUAAGAUCCUAGUUGCUGCUUUGACAUUCUUCCUGGGGAAGGAUGAAGAUGAGAAACAGGACAGUGACUCGGAGUCUGAGGAUGAAGGACCAACAGUAAGAGACCUCCUGGUGCAGUAUGCAACAGGGAAGAAGAGUUCUAAGAACAAGAAGAGGAUGGAAAAGGCAAUGAAAGUCCUCAAGAAACAAAAGAAGAAGAAAAAAACAGAAGUGUUUAAUUUUUCAGCAAUUCACUUGAUUCAUGAUUCCCAAGAUUUUGCAGAAAAACUACUAAAGCAGCUCGAGAGCUCUAAGGAGAGGUUUGAAGUGAAGAUGAUGCUCAUGAACCUCAUCUCCAGAUUAGUAGGAAUUCAUGAGCUUUUCCUUUUCAACUUCUAUCCCUUUGUGCAAAGAUUUCUGCAGCCUCACCAAAGAGAAGUGACAAAGAUUCUCCAGUUUGCAGCACAAGCAUCUCAUCACCUGGUACCCCCAGAGAUCAUUCAUUCACUACUCAUGACUGUGGCCAACAAUUUUGUUACCGACAAGAACUCUGGGGAAGUCGUGACUGUAGGGAUCAAUGCUAUAAAAGAGAUAACAGCUCGAUGUCCUCUAGCCAUGACUGAGGAGCUUCUUCAAGACCUGGCUCAGUAUAAAACACACAAAGAUAAGAAUGUAAUGAUGUCUGCCAGAACUUUUAUUCAGCUCUUCAGAUCGCUAAAUCGUCAGAUGCUGCAGAAUAAAUUCCGGGGCAAGUCUACAGAGGCUUCCAAAGAAGCAAGAGUACAAGAAUAUGGAGAAUUAGAUGCUAAAGAUUACAUUCCAGGAGCAGAAAUUCUGGAAGUUGAGAAAGAAGAGAAUGCUGAAAAUGAUGAAGAUGGUUGGGAAAGUGCCAGUCUCAGUGAGGACCAGGAGGAGGCCGAUGAGGAAUGGGUUGAUGUGCACCACUCUUCUGAUGAAGAACAGCAAGAAAUUUCCAGGAAGCUGGACAGCAUGCCAGUGGAGGAGCGGAGAGCCAUAGCUGCAGCCGUCAGCACUAGUCGAGUUUUAACUCAGGAAGACUUCCAGAAAAUCCGCCUGGCCCAGAUGAGGAACAAGCUUGAUGCUGCCCCCAGGAAAUCCCCAAAGAGGAAAUAUAUUGACAUAGACAGCGAUGAGGAGACCAGGGGCGAAUUACUCUCUCUUCGGGACAUUGAACACCUUCAUAAAAAGCCAAAGUCUGAUAAGAAGACAAGAUUGGCAACUGCAAUGGCUGGAAAGACAGAUCGGAAAGAAUUUGCAAGGAAGAAAACAAAAAUAAAUCCAUUUUCCAGUUCCACAAAUAAAGAGAAGAAAAAACAGAACUUUAUGAUGAUGCGGUAUAGCCAGAAUGUCCAGUCAAAAAAUAAGCGUUCCUUCCGAGAAAAGCAGCUUGCUCUGCAAAAUGCACUUUUGAAAAAGAGAAAAAGAAUGAAGUAACUUCGAAGCAAAUUUCCAUUCCAAGGAGAAUGCUAAGUUUGUGUCGCUACUUUGAGAAUUAGUAAAUCAAGCAUGUUUGUUUACAUUAAACAGUACAGAAGCCUUUUGUUGUGAAAACCA